GGUUGUGUGGCCAAGGAAUCCGUGGCACACACGUUUGGGACCACGUCGGCACAGUGAAAAAACAUCCGUCGAGCCAUUUUGGGGUUUAUUUCGCCCGCCUGCGUUGCUUCUCAUCCUUCACAAACCCUCCGCUCUCAUUUUCUCCGCUGCGAACCACCAGGUAACGGUCGCGCAUCAUUCAGCCUUCAAUUUUCAUGUUCAAUGAUGGAUUUAUGCCCCUUCCUGCUUCACGUUCGAUGGCUUCACAAGGUGACCCAACAAACUCUGCUUCCUCCAAUGAAAGGCCUCUUGAAAAAAAAAUAGAUCCAGUGACACUCCCUACAUUUGAAGAAAUUCGGGGUCAAGAUAUUUGGAACAACUGUGCAGUUCGCAGUGUGGUCAGUGGUAUUUUGGGAGGUGGACUUGGAGUUUUUAUGGGUUUGUUCUUAGGUGCUCUGGACAAUCCACUUAUGCAAGAACAAAUGACAGCUAGGCAACAAUUUGUUUAUACGGCAAAGCAGAUGGGAGGCAGGAGUUUGAGCUCAGCCAAGGCAUUCGCAAUCAUGGGAGUUAUUUUCUCAGGAGUAGAAUGUGUUGUUGAGAAGGCAAGGGCUAAACAUGAUACUACUAACACCAUGGUUGCUGGAUGUGUUACUGGAGGAGCAUUAUCUGCAAAAGGUGGUCCACAAGCUGCUUGCCUUGGGUGUGCAGGCUUUGCUGCCUUCUCAGUUUUGAUUGAGAAAUUCUUGGAUAGAACCGACUAGGGGCUGCAUGUUUAUUGUUCUUCUUAUGGAGUUGGAAGUAGAAUUAAAUAUGACUUCACAAGUUUCAGUUCUAUUUUAUUAAUUAUUUUGAGGAUUCACUAUUCUUUUAUGCUAUUACGAUGGAAUGGUUGGUUUUUCCUACGUUGCAAAGUUUCUUUUGGUUGAAGCUUUGAACCAAUAUCAUGCAGAGGAAGUGUUGCUUUCACAGCUUUUAGGAGUCCAACAAUAUUUAUAUUGAAUGCAGCAAACUUGGGCCUUCCAAAAUUUUGCCCAUAUUUGUUUGCAUUUUAAUGUUUGGAAUAAAGGACAGGUAAUUCAUGUCAA